UACAAGGAAGAAGACUUGUGGAACAAGAGUGCUUUACUGCUACAGACGAACCCUGUUCAUAAGAAAAUCCCUGUUCUUAUCCAUAACGGUAAACCUGCUUGCGAGGCGCUCAUUCAGGUUCAGUACAUCGAUGAGGUAUGGCAUGACAAAGCUCCUUUGCUCUCUUCUGACCCUUACCAAAAAGCUACUGCUAGAUUCUGGGCUGACUAUUUUGACAAGAAGGUAUUCUGCGACAACUACUUGGAUGGUGGUUACCAUGUGACAUUUGCACACAAAGGCCUUACAUCUGGUCUUUCACUUGAUUCAUAUACCACUUCAGAUGACAAAACUUUCAUUGAGAGAAGCCUAGCGGAUAGUGAAAAAGUUCAGAUGGAAGACAUUAGACUGUGUGAAGGUGUUCAAAAGGGUAUUGAAUCACCUGCAUAUAGUACUGGAAGGUAUGCGCCAAAUGUUGAGAAGGCCAUGCAUCAUUUCCAUUGUCUGCUUUAUGAUAAUCUCAUAAACCUUUUCUGUUUGCUGAAUGCAUUUCUAAACUGCUGCUUAGCAUUCAUUGGAACUACCCAGGGAACAUCGACGCCUGUGUUUCAGUUCUUGUUACAUAGUUAUUGGAUUCCAGCUUGCAAGUGGCACAAUACGUCUCCUCUUUACUUACUUUCUUCAUCUUAUGAUGGGAAAGUAAUGUUGUGGGAUCUAAGAACAGCGCUCCUUUAUGUUUUGACUGGUGGCAAAUGGAACAAGAAAAUCAACUACACUAGAUUGCGGUCUAAGAACAAUUUGCAGAAGGCACAUAAUGACUAGCUCCUACCUCUACGAAUGCUUGUGGGAGGUAUUGCAGCAACGAAUAAGGAUGAUAUUGAUCAACAUGCAGUUGACACCGUAUGUGCUCUGAAUCCGAAUUCAGGUGUGACUUUUAGAUAUUUUAUGUGCAAAAAAGUAUUAGAGUGUCUUAUGUUUGUAUGUUAGUUAAGCAUAUUAUAGAUAGAACUUGCAGUAGGAUCAACUAAUUAGUUGAUCAAAAACUACACCCUAUUUUGUAAUCGUCUACUUGCAUAUUUGCAUCUACUUAAUAAUAAUCUCGUGUCAACUAA